CCUCACGAGGGUAUAAAAGCCGAGACGUUGAUGGCAGUGGACCCAGUGAUACGACAGACAUCGUACCAUAAAUUCUCAAUAUUUUAUUUAUUCGUGAAGGCCCUGAAGGUGAUUUAUAAAUUAUUCCUGCGCAUUUUGUGAACAAAAAGGAAAAAUGCAGAUAUUCGUGAAGACAUUGACGGGGAAGACCAUCACUCUGGAGGUGGAGGCGUCUGACACCAUCGAGAACGUCAAGGCCAAGAUCCAGGACAAGGAGGGAAUUCCCCCAGACCAGCAGAGGCUGAUCUUCGCUGGGAAACAGCUGGAGGAUGGACGCACUCUCUCUGAUUACAACAUUCAGAAGGAGUCGACACUUCACCUGGUCCUCAGACUUCGUGGAGGAAUGCAGAUCUUCGUCAAGACCCUCACGGGGAAGACCAUCACCCUCGAGGUGGAGGCGUCUGACACCAUCGAGAACGUCAAAGCCAAGAUCCAGGACAAGGAGGGAAUUCCCCCAGACCAGCAGAGGCUGAUCUUCGCUGGGAAACAGCUGGAGGAUGGACGCACUCUCUCUGAUUACAACAUUCAGAAGGAGUCGACACUUCACCUGGUCCUCAGACUUCGUGGAGGAAUGCAGAUCUUCGUCAAGACCCUCACGGGGAAGACCAUCACCCUCGAGGUGGAGGCGUCUGACACCAUCGAGAACGUCAAGGCCAAGAUCCAGGACAAGGAGGGAAUUCCCCCAGACCAGCAGAGGCUGAUCUUCGCUGGGAAACAGCUGGAGGACGGACGCACUCUCUCUGAUUACAACAUUCAGAAGGAGUCGACACUUCACCUGGUCCUUAGACUUCGUGGAGGUCAUUAAAUACCCCACCCCCCAGGAUAUCCUUCGACUGAGAUAUUAGCAAACGCCUGUGGUUCUGUCUAACUGACAAAUUUAAUUGUAAUUAACCUUUUUUCAACGUUAAUAAACAUAAUUUUUAAGUUCAAAA